UUGUUAUUGUGGGGCUUGGUCUGCGCCGCGGGAAGAUGGCGGCUGGGCAGGGGGGAGGCGGCGGCGGCGGCGGCAACGGCGGCGGCAACGGCGGCGGGGUGGGGGGCUUGGGCAUCCCCGCUCACCUCACUCUCUCCUUCUCGGUCGGACCGCACUGGGGGGCGGCGACGCUGCCGCAGCCGCACACGGUGCGCAGCCUGGACCGGGCCCUGGAGGAGGCGGGCAGUUCGGGCAUCCUCUGCCUCAGCGGGAGGAAACUGCGCGACUUCCCCGGCAGCGGCUACGACCUCAGCGACACCACGCAAGCAGAUCUUUCAAAGAACAGAUUUACUGAAAUUCCUCCCGAUGUGUGGCUGUUUGCACCCUUGGAAACGUUAAAUUUGUAUCACAACUGCAUCAAAUCCAUUCCAGAAUCUAUUAAAAACCUUCAAAUGCUUACCUACCUUAAUAUUAGUCGAAAUCUUUUAUCGACGUUGCCAAAAUACCUGUUUGAUCUUCCACUUAAAGUUCUGGUUGUCAGUAAUAAUAAGCUGGUCUCCAUUCCAGAAGAAAUUGGAAAGUUGAGAGAUCUAAUGGAGUUGGAUAUUAGCUGCAAUGAACUUCAGGUUCUUCCUCAGCAGAUAGGAAAAUUGCAGUCACUUAGAGAGUUAAACAUAAGAAGAAAUAAUCUCCAUAUGCUGCCAGAUGAACUAGGAGACCUUCCUUUGGUAAAGCUGGAUUUUUCUUGUAAUAAAAUUACAGAAAUUCCAAUUUGCUACAGAAAUUUACGUCACUUACAAGUUAUAGUUUUGGAUAAUAAUCCAAUGCAGAUACCACCAGCACAGAUAUGUUUAAAGGGUAAAGUACAUAUAUUUAAAUUCCUCAGCAUUCAGGCGUGCCUCAGAAUAGAUAAAAAACCAGAUUCUUUGGAUCUUCCAUCAUUAGGUAAACGAAUCCCUUCCCAGCCACUCACAGACAGCAUGGAGGACUUCUAUCCCAAUAAAAAUCAUGGACCAGACUCUGGCAUUGGAAGUGAUAAUGGGGAUAAAAGGUUGUCCACAACAGAACCAUCCGAUGAUGAUACAAUCAGCCUUCACUCCCAGGUGUCGGAAUCAACAAGGGAACAGACAUUAAGGAAUGACAAUCAUGUAAUGGGAAGUAAACUUGAUCCACAAAAAGACCAGGAGGUGUAUGAUUACAUUGAUCCGAAUGCCGAAGAGGGAGCUGCUCCUGAGCAAGGAGAUGUACAGAUUGGACCAUUGCUGUCUUAUAUCAAGGAACGUGGAAAACCUCCUGAGAAAUCCCAAAAAAUAGAACAGAAUGAGGACUGGAGAGAUGAAAAAAGACUUCAGAAAGAACAGCUGCUGACUGAAGAUGAUGAUGAACUCAAAGAAGUGACUGACCUGAGAAAAAUAGCAGCUCAGUUACUGCAGCAAGAACAGAAACACAGACGAAGGCCAUUAAGCUAUAGAACUUCAUUCAGUGAAAAACUCUUCCAGAGGACAAGGGCGGCAGGACGUGCAUCAAGGCUUCUUAAUCAUUCAGUUUCAGUAAGCACAAGGAACAGGCCAAAGCAACCAAUGGAAUCUGAAAAAUGUGUCUCAACAGAUGAGGUGAAUUCCCCAGUGUCCCCAUACAGCUGGCAGCCACUGGAAAACCAGAAGGAUUCAGUGGAUGAGCAGCACUGGCCAGAAACACAGCCAGUGAUUUGGCAGAAUGAAGAAAGGAGGAGAAGUAAACAAAUUAGAAAGGAGUAUUUCAAGUAUAAGUCUUCCAGAAAGAGUUCAAGUGGAAAUGAAAAUGAUGAGCAAGACAGUGAUAAUACUAAUGUGUCCCCACAGUCUCCUGUGUCAUCUGAGGAUUAUGAAAGGACAGACACUAACACUCAUGGUCCAUUUGGUCUCAAACCAAGGUCAGCUUUCAGCCGUGCGUCGCGCCAGGACUAUGGUGCAGUGGAUCCUGGAUUUACAAUGAGGAGGAAAAUGGAGCAUUUAAGGGAAGAAAGAGAACAAAUAAGACAACUUCGCAAUAAUCUCGAAUCAAGGUUGAAAGUAAUUUUGCCAGACGACAUUGGAGCAGCAUUGAUGGAUGGAGUAGUUCUUUGCCAUUUAGCCAAUCACAUAAGGCCACGUUCUGUUGCCAGCAUUCACGUACCAUCGCCAGCAGUGCCUAAACUCAGUAUGGCAAAGUGCCGAAGAAAUGUUGAAAACUUUCUUGAUGCUUGUAAAAAAUUGGGCGUUCCACAGGAGAGACUUUGCUUGCCUCAUCACAUUCUGGAGGAAAGGGGUCUGGUGAAGGUUGGCCUCACAGUUCAAGCUCUGCUUGAAUUGCCUGUGUUGAAAGUAUCUCAGCUUUCCUCCAUGUGACACGAUUUCUUGGAAGCUAGACAACUUACCAUGCGAUCUGUUGAUUUGGACUGCUCUGAGGCAGUUCAGCUUCCUACACGGGAACAUCCAAGCCAUCAAAAACUUAAUAUCUGUCCAGAUGCUGUAGAGAGCCUUACUUUGGAGUUGUACGUGAAAACCUUGGAGUCAGCUGCCAGUUAAAAGAACACAAUUACUCAUUUUUUCAUUUGUAAUUAGAUGCACAAAGAGAUUGUGGUAGCAUCAGGUUCUCUUUCCAGUUAAUUUAAGUUAAAAGCUGCCAUUUAACAUCUCAGUGUUACAGUUAAAUGCUGGAUUUCUUUUCCUACAUUGAAAAUGUUGUUUGAAUUAUUUUAGAAGUACAAAGCACACACCCUCCCUGACUUUAAUCUUUCAAGUCAAUUGUUUGAUUUAAAGGUAAGACAAAAAUGUAGCGAUGGUAUGAUGGUAAAAAUGCGAGUGACUGAUCGCUUAUAAUCCACGCUCACUCUCUCAGAAAUCUUAAUAUUUGUGUUCUUUAUUUUUUGCACUCCUGAUUGUAACUUACACACAACAUUGCCAGUAUUUAGUCUGACUGUAUGGUGAUUACACAAAACAGUAUACAAUGGGAAAAGGACACAUUUUAUUGAGUUUUUCCAGUCUUCUAGAUUGGUGCCAAAUAUUUUUUUCAGUUGUACUGUAGAUUGUUUACAUGUGAAGUGCCUGUGUAAUUGAUAACUAUUAAUAGUCUUAAACAUUUUUGAAAUUUCUUUGUUUAAAAUAGAUAAAAUGAAAAUUUUUAAAUAUUUUAAUAGUUUUUUGUAAAAUCAGUACGUGAAGAUUUAAGUAAUACUUCACAUUUUUUGAUGUUGGGUGUUUUAAGUUUGUUGCACAAUUUAAUUGGUUAUUUUGUUGUCUAAUAAUUAGAAAAUACUGUAAAUACUUCUUAUUUAUGAUAUUUAAUUUGAUAAUACCUAAUCACUUUUGGUUUAAUGUAUUGUUGGACAAGAAAAAGUUGUCUACUUUUCUUUGUUUAGGACAAACAAAUAUACAUGGUAAGACAUGAGGACUAGUGAUGCAUACAGAGUAAUUUAGGACAUUUUGAUAAAACUGCCAAAAUCUCAGGUUUACGCUAUGACUGUCAGGAUUUUGUGUAAUAUUGCUUCUGAUCUCAUGUUACAUUUUUACAACAGGUAUGUCCAUAAUUUAGUUGGGAAAUACCAGUGUUUAUCUUUUUAGUGUUUACAGGAUUUAUUGUGUAAUUUACACAAGUGUGGCGUAGCACACAAAUCAGUUUGUACAAAUGUCACUGUGCUGAGACAUUAGACUUUUUUGGAUAAAUGUGAAAAAGAAGAGUUUCCACUCUGGUGUUUUUCUGAAACUUCUGAGUUUAUGUAUUUGUUUGCUUCUGCACAAAUUCUUGGUGUUUUGAGAACAGUAUGAAACCAUACACAGUUGAGUUCUCCAAACGAAUUGCAAAUAAUUUCAUAAUUUUAGUAAUAAAUCUGUUUGCGUUAGUUUGUGCUUCAUUAAUAGGUGGUUAAAAAAAAAAAAAAGUUCUGACUGUCAGAGAUCUUCUAUUUCAGGCUAAGUUAAUUUCAAUUGAGGGACAUCUUUGCCAAGUGUGUAGCAAGAUUUGAUUCUGUUCUUUCCAAUUGAUCGAUACCCCAUGUAAUAUAAUUCAUAAAAGAAUGAGGGAGGGGUAUCAUUUACUCCUUGCUUUAUUUACAGUCGUCCUUAAAAUCAAUAGCUGAGAGGAAAAAUAACCAAGAUUUAAAAAAAAACAAAACAAAAUAAAAAAACAACAUUAUUUUUAAAUCCAUUGAAACAAGCUGAUUCCUGUGUAAUAGUUAAAGCCACUCUUGUUUAUAUAGUGUUUUCUUAAAGAAAAUAUAGUUCAUGGAGAGGCUGGUGUAAAACUUAAUUUGUAAAGUCCUAGAUAGAAAUCUUAGGUUACAUAAAUACUUGUUUAAGGAAACUGGAUUGCUUUAACCUUUGAAAUGUGGUAUUUCAAAUCUCUUAAUUGGUUUUGAAUUCAGUCACAUAGUACUCAUCUUAAAAACUUCAAUCUCUGUUUUUCAUUAAAGGCAGUAUCUCAAAAGUCAUGCUAGGACUAAGAUGAAAAAGUAAUAUAAUUCAUUAGCAUUUGAAGAACACAACCAUUCAAAAAGAAUAAGUCUUUCAAUUCCUUGCUGUGGUAUUGACAAUGACAAAGUUCUAUUUCACUGUGUUGGCCAUAGAAUUGCUAACUCUAAAUUGUCAUUUUCAGUUAUCUGGCUUAAACUCAUCUACACUACUAUUUCAUUGUCAUAUUUAAAUAUGCUUUUUAUCUUAAAGUAACUUUUUUCCUACUAGAACUAAAUUUAUAAAGUUGUAUCACAGCACAAGCAUUAAGAAUUCCCUUGACGUAGCUUGCCAGAUGCUUACCAGUUUCUUUUUUUUAAGCUUAGCUUAUUUCCUAAGUAACUUGAAAACUGGAUAUGAAAUUAAUGCACUCAUUUUAAACUAUAUUUCAAGUUGAAAAAUACUAAAAUAGCAUUUUAUUUUAUUUUAUUUUAUUUAGUACUCUGGAGUUCUUCCCCACAAACUUGGUAGAAACAGUCUUGUUUUGCCACUCAUUGGAAUUUAUUACAGCCUUCUCCAUGCUUAUGGGGAAGGGUAACCAUGAUUCUUCCAGGGCUUCCUUUUUAGCAGUACAAAGAUUAAGGCCUUCAAGUAUCGUUAGGAGCAAUCUGAGAAGAGGUCCAUUGUGCCUGGGGGAAUCUCUCCUCAUUUUUCUUUAGCUGCUUUUAUAAAUAAUAGUCUAAAGACUUGCUAAAAUUGGCUGUUCCCAUUGUGACUUUUUUUUUUUUUAGGAGCAACUGCAGAAAGGAUGCUAAAAAAGUUUUGCAUUUAAAGUUUUAAGCAGAGUGUGGAAAUUGUUGCUGUCUUCCCUGUACAAGAAUUUGCCUACUAUCCCCUCUCUCCCUUUUCACUUGACUCCAACAUCAUCUUGUUUAUUUUUGUUUGUUCACAGAUCUAGUGACUUCACACUGUUGAUUACUGCAUGCUACUUUCCUCCUUCCUCUUUACUUUUUCCUUAAAGAAAUUGCUCCGGUGGCAUUGGUGAACUACUGUGAUUCCAGAAUUCCUGCUAUCAAUGUUUAGUAUGUUUGAGAUGUUCUUUUCCUGUUUUGUUUAGGAUGAAAUGUCAAUACUUGGUACAGCUGAUGGGAUGGUUAAAAACAGAGGCCUGCCCAAUUCCUAUAGUGGUUGCUCAGUUUUUACUUUGGAUGUGAAGAAAAGUCAGUGUUAAAGGCUGUAGGAAACUGCAUUAAGUUUUCCUGAUAAAUUUAAGAGUUAGCUAAGGUGCUUUUGUUAUUGUGAAUGCUCUACAAAGUUACUGCAAUAAUGGGGUAUGAAUUGUAAAUUAGAGUGAAUCAACGUACUGACAGGGCUUCUGGCCUUGUAUAUUUUUUGUGUCAUUGGAUGCAGUAUGUCGCACGUGAAUGAUCUUUCAUUUAAGCAAUAAUAUCCUAGAUAUUGUGAGAUCUUAAAGCAGUGGCAUUAAAAUAAUCGUGAAGUGUGGUGGCUUCCCACACAGUAUCUCAGAAAUGCUUCACAUCGGUUAUAUAAUACUGCUCAUCCAGUGUGCUUGCUGGGGAUGCAGAAAACCAUCUAUACCUGGAUAUCUGGAGGCCUUCCAAAAUAUAACCAGGAACUAAAAUUAUCAUAAAAUAAAGAUGAAUACAUCUGAAACAAUAACUAACUAUGACACGAAUCGUAAGAAUUUCUGGGUAAAAUCCUAGCUUCACUGAAGUCAGUGCAAGUUUUGCUCUUGCCUGCAGUAAGAUUUUACCUUUUUGAUUUAUUGAACACUUAAGCUGGAGACCAUAGCAGCCAUGGCAGGCUUCUCAGAUUUUUGACAUAAAUCUGUAGCCAAAUUCAAGCAAAAAAUGAAAAAGCAUUUGUUGUCACUAAACCCAAGUUUCCACGUGUCUUCUCAGUAUUAAGGAGAAGGACAGAUGUCUGGCACUCCUUUCUUCUGCUGAUUUAUUAAAUGCUUGUAUGGAAGUUAACUGUUGUAUCUAAUACAGCCACACUCUGCCUGUCUGAGAACCAGUCUGUAUGCCAGUGCAGAGAGAUGUUAAUAAUUCCGCUGAUUUCAACUGAAAGCAACUUGUGGGAGUUUUUAGCACUUUCUGCAGAUAGGAGAUGACUUGGUAAAUCAAAUUUCUCUUUUUCCUCAUUAAGUCAGGCUAAUGUAUCUGUGUUUCUUGAGGUGCACCAUAUUAAACAGUGACUACUACUUGAAAAAGAAAAGCAAAUAAACAAAACGCCACCGCAACACACACAAAACUAGUGAAAUAUUUCCUGUUUACAGACAACUCUUUGGAAUAAAAAAGUCAAUUAGGAUAGGAAUGGGAAAGGCAAAGUGUAGUUGUCGAAGCAGAGGGUGCUCUGAGUUGAUUCCACAUUGAAUCACUUCACAACGAAAAGCCUUUUAGGUUCAGUAGAGAAAGAAAGAGAUGUUUUGUAGCUACUUUACGCUGAGGGAGGAAGAUACUUAAGUACCCAGCGCUUUCUGUAGAAGUUACAAUAACAAGAAAUUUGGCAUUUCUGUUUUCCCCAAGGUUGUCUGUUUUGGAUCACUCUCUCUUUCUGCAGCACUGGGAUAGCGUUGCCCGUUCCAAGCCCUGGGUCGGGUGCCGGGCUGGUGCCAUUUCACACCCCUCUGCCUUCGCAGUGACCAGAACGGCCUCUGGUGCGAGUUCCUUGCCUCACAGUGCCGCCGCCUCCUGCAUAGGCUGCAGAAUUCUUUUAAAUAGAUGUUUGCAAUCUGAAUAAAAACACUAAGGAAAGGGAUAACUUCACUUGAGAGUAGUAGAUAAGUAGAUGUUUACCAGUACUUAGCUUCCACCAGCAAAGAAUGAUGUAGUGAGACAGGAAGCUUGCUCUAGGAGCUACAGAACUUCACUGAGGGGAAAUUGCACCGUGGCUCUUAACAGGUUAGUUUGCCACUUGCCUUCUCACGUGAGUGAAUCAAACCAGUAAUACUGUUUCUUGUUCCGUACGCAACACACGGUGCUGUACAUGUCAUUCAUUUACAAAUGGAGGGAAAGGCAAACUGUGGUUUUGGAUCAGGAAUUUUAUGGCACAGAUCUCUUGUAAAAUAAAAACGAAGGUAAAAAAAUUUUUCUCUUCCUCUGAAGAAAAUUUCUGCUCAUCUUGACUGUUAAAAUAGAGAACAUACAUGAUUAAACUGAAUUUUGGUUUAAACUUGCCACUGCACAGGAGCAGUUCUGGCUCCUGUGUUUCUUAAUAAAAUGCUGCUUUGCUUUAUUCGUCUUUAAGUAUUUCACAUAGUGCAAUUCUGAAAACAUACUAUCUUAAAAUUGUGCUUAUAUGCAGUAUUUGUUCCCUCACUGGUUUUGACUUUUUUCUUUCUUUCGUUAACGUGGGAGGCAAAGGGAAGCAAAAUUGCUGAAAGCUAACUGAUUAAUAUCUAUGGAAGGAGUACAAGUUGUUAUAAAAUUGACAUAAUCAGUUAUUUAUAGUUCAGAUGUUUUAUAGCCAACUACACUUUUCUUUGUAAUUUUUCCAUACGCAUUCUAGAAUCCUAAUCUUAAAAGCAAACCAAAAAGUCUUUCCAGAACUGCUUAGUAUCUUAGCAAAUAUUAGAGUAGCUCAAGCUGACAGCAAAUUUAAUUGUUUCGGGAAACUCUCCAUUUUGGCAGUAAUAGGUUUACAUUUGGGCUGAAUGAUCUUAAAGGUCUUUCCAACCUAAAUGAUUCUAUGACUUCAGUGAAACCAAAAUUUCCCUCGAUAGUUUUGUAACUGCGCUGCAAUGUCAAGUCAGUCACUUCAAAUGAAUUCUUGGCACUAAUGAGGAUUUCAUCACUUCUUUCAAAAUUACGUGAAAUAAGGGAAAUAGAAUUUUUUUUUUUCUUCCACAAUAGUUUUAUAAAGGCAGAUUGUGAAAUAGAGAAUAUUUGGAAAUAGACACAAGGAUGCUUUCCCGUUCGGUUUCGCUUUUAAACGCAAGUGAAGCAGGGAAAUCUUUCCAGAAUUGCUGUGCUGGUUUAGGAUUGGGUCACGCCGUUCCCGGCACGGGAGCUCCCACUGUUCAGUAUUAAUACGCGUUCUGUGCGAGAUUGGGCUAUUUACGUGCGAGUGUUAAUACAGGUGUGUUUGCUGCAUCCAGGCGUUCCGUUUAGCCUUGCUGCAGCUGUGGGCGUUCCGAGCUGCAAGCGAUCGUGUCCGCUGCACCUGCAGGUAGCGCGAGGCUUUGGUUCCCAUGAGGGCCGUACGCAGGCGGUGCAGAAGGGGGGGUUGGUGGAUUACCUUGGGAAUAAUGUGAAUAUUUGUUACUGUUACGUAAAGUGUAGAACGAGGAAAAUGUGUUUGCUUCACGAGUAUCAUUCAGUUGGUAUUCAGGAUAUGAUUUUGUAACUGGUGAUUAUAAGAACUCGGAAAAAUGCAAUGUAACCAAAUGAUCAGUAUGUAAAUGUGUGCAGGACAUGGGGGAAGUAGUUCUGAGGCACAGCUGGAGAGUUACAAUUUUAAAGUUGAGUCUUAAAUUGUGUAUAUACUUGCAACAUCUUUGCUAGUGCGUUUUAAUUAAUUUUGCAUUUCAUGUUCUUGUAAAGUGCAUCUUCACUUCUAAAGAUUGUCUACUUGUACAAUAUUGUAUUAAGUCUUUUUUUAGGACUUCCAUUAUUGCUGGAGCUUCCAACAUACAUGUUGCUUCUGGAAAAUGUUCCUACUGUUAUUUUUUUUUGUAAAUAGUUUUUGUAUUAAAUUUGCAUGGAUAAAACCCACAUUUCCAAAACCAGUGUACAUACUCAGUGUAUAAAAUACAAACUGUUUCAUAACUUUCAUGUAGUCAAGUUAUUCAAUUUGAUUUCGCUUCAGCUUUUAUAUAGUCGUAGUAAAUAAUAAGAAUUUGUUGUAUGUUCUUUCAAACAUCUGUGUUGCCAUUUUGAUAGAUAAGUGACCUGCCUCAUUACAUAUCAGGAAAUACGUUCUUUUAUAGUGACAAACAAGAGAAAUGUUAAGUCCUAUUCCAGGGAAAUAUAAGACACUUUUACAUAGGAAUUAUGUUAGGACUUUGGUUUUGACCAACAGGGAUGUCAGUGGUGAGACUGUGAAGAUAAAGUUGCCUUCACUUGUAGCAGGGUCUUUCUACAUUUACACGCUUCCCUGUCUUAUACAACGUGAAAACUACCCAAUGUCUUAUAUAUUUGGAAGAACAUAGUUUUUGGAGUCUCGCUAAUAAGCUUAAUUCAGUAUGGAAACUUGUAGUGACAGAGGCGAUGUGCUUCCCUUCUGCUCCCUGGGUUGGAUCUGGCAAUAGCACAGAUCACUUUUUGGGGGGGUUGCAGUCGUUCUUUGCUAGAUCCAGCAUUAGGGAAGCAGAACUGCCAGUUUUGGGGCCUGUAGUGAGGUUAUUCAAAUGUAGGCUAAAAUAGAAUUCUGUACGACAAUUUGGUUCUACUCUAAUUUCUUUCUGUAUUUAAAGAUCUGCACAAUUUUAUUACUAGACCUGAAUAUUGGAAGUAAAUAUUAUUUUUUGAGAUGAUUUUCCCUGUGAGACUUCAUUCUGCACCUGCGUGUACCCAGCUGUUCUUUAUUUCCUGAUGAAGCACAAUUUGGGACUAGAAAGCAGAAAUUGAGGAACAGCAUUAUGAAGGAAGUGAACACCAUCCCUUGGCAAAGGCAUCUAAACAGUUGGAACUUUUUUUGCAGUUAUUGAUGAGAGGUUUGUGGUUGAAAUGUUCUGUGAGUCUGCUGUUCAGUUUCCAGCUAUAAAGAAAACUUUCCUCUUACUAAAAAGGCCUUUUGGGUCUCCGAGGGGAAGGGCACCAUGUGCAGGGGUCUCUGUUCCAGGCUGGACUCUGAACCAUGAGAUUCCUGGCUGCCCUUGAUCAUCUUCAUGGGGAAGGUCACUGUUGAAUAAGGAAAGUGUUGUAAGCAAAAAAAAAAAAAAUAAAAAUAAAAAUCUGUGAUUUCCACAUGAGAUAUAUUGAGAAUAAUGUGAAAUUCAUGAGGCUUUGCAGUGUAAUUUUUUUUGUAUCUGAGCUUGGUAUAUUUGACCACGGUAUCACAAACCUGCUCCUCUAGAUGAUCAGCUGUAGAUAAAAGGACUCGGGACAUGGACUUUUUUCGUGGAGUUAAGAGGUGGUACAAGUUUUGUAAAUAGCAGGUUACAGCUAUAAACAAAAUGUAGGUAGUUUACAGCACCUGCCCUGGUAAAGGGGUCUGCUGCUGGCAGGCUGCAUUGAUUCCAGCAGGAUUUGAGAACUAAUGGCACUAAAUACACUUUAUAGCUCUGUAUUGCAGUGCUGCUUCCACCCAGUGACCCUUCAGGAGUAGUUCUUAGGUCCCUAUAGACCUUGCUGACUGCAGCACAUCUCACACUGAGCUUAUUCAGCUUCUGUUUCCUAAAACAAAGAUGGUGAACUACUGCGAAAUGGAGCAUUUUUUUGUUUUGUGUUCAAGCUUGAAAUCUGCAUCUCCACUGUCAGGCACCUGGGCUGUGUGUUCUCACGCCGUGUCUGCUUUUGCAGUCUCUCUCCAGCGUCCUGCUUACAGACCAGUGGGACAUCGGCUGCUGGUUUGCACCAGUGGUUAACAUUCAUUGUUAUGACUGUAGCCUUUUAAUUUUCCUCUCUGAUUAAGGCACGUCUGCACCAGUGAUGGAUAUGGCUACAGUGCCCCAGGCUGGCAUUGCUGUUCUGAUACUCUUAGUUUGUGGAAAACGAAUAAGAGUUUAAAAAAACCAGCAACAAACAAAACAUUUCAGUUUCUCAUCCGUGGUUUCACAGAAUUCUGGUUCUGUGUUCAAGCACAUUAACUAGUUGCUCCGAGUGGCUACAACUAUCACUCAGAUGGCUGUUGGAACCCUUCCAAGAAUAUUCUUUAAAAGGUUCGAAGUUUAAGGUUGCAACGACUUUAGCAGAUUAUACAGAUUUGCAAAAUGUGUAUGUAAUUAUUUGUGGUUUUAAUUAUUUAGGCCUCAUUAAUGGAAAUCUCAUGCUAAUCCUAUUCUGAUUCUAUAGCCAAAGAGUAGAUUAUAAGAUGAAUAUCUAGUUUUCGCAGCUAUAACACACUGCCUUCAGAACUGAACGAGGCAUAACGGCACAAUAGUUCAUAGGUACUCGUAAAGGGCAAUAUAAGAAAAAUUAGAACAUGUAAACUUUUCUGAAAUUCACAGGUGAUUGUUAAAGGUUUGACUUUGUAUCAUCUUGACAUAGUUUUCAUUAUAGUGGGGAAGUGGAACAACUAGACUGUAUGUGGAACUUCUGUAGGGUUUUUUAGCUAACAUUUAGAUGUGACAAACUUACUGGAAUACUUGUAUUUUUCAGCAACUCAAUAAACAUCUAUCUUUGGAGUAUUAUAA